AUGGCCAAUUACACAAAAACUGCAAUCCUAUCCGUCUACGACAAGACAGGUUUACUUGAUUUAGCCAGAGGUCUAAUCGAGAAGAAUGUCCGUAUCCUCGCUUCUGGUGGUACUGCUCGUAUGAUCCGUGAUGCUGGUUUUCCAAUCGAAGACGUUUCUGCUAUCACUCACGCCCCAGAAAUGUUAGGAGGAAGAGUGAAGACUUUACAUCCAGCCGUUCAUGGUGGUAUUCUUGCUAGAGAUAUCGAUAGUGAUGAGAAAGAUUUGAAGGAACAGCACAUUGAAAAAGUCGAUUACGUCGUUUGUAACUUGUAUCCAUUCAAAGAAACUGUUGCCAAGGUAGGUGUAACCAUUCCAGAAGCUGUAGAGGAAAUUGACAUUGGUGGUGUUACUCUAUUAAGGGCUGCUGCUAAAAACCACGCUAGAGUCACUAUUUUAUCUGAUCCAAAGGAUUACUCCGAAUUCUUGAGCGAAAUAUCCAAUAACGGUGAAAUCUCUCAAGAUUUGAGGAAUAGAUUGGCACUAAAAGCUUUCGAACACACAGCUGAUUAUGACGCUGCGAUUUCCGAUUUCUUCAGGAAACAGUACUCUGAAGGCCAAGCUCAAAUUACCUUACGUUAUGGUGCUAACCCACACCAAAAGCCAGCUCAAGCUUACGUCAGUCAACAAGAUAGUUUACCUUUCAAAGUCCUAUGUGGUUCACCAGGUUACAUUAAUUUGUUGGAUGCUCUAAAUUCCUGGCCUCUGGUCAAGGAAUUAUCCGCCUCGUUAAAUUUACCAGCAGCAGCUUCUUUCAAGCAUGUCUCACCAGCUGGUGCCGCUGUGGGUAUCCCAUUAUCUGAUGUUGAAAAGCAAGUUUAUUUCGUUUCUGACAUUGAAAACUUAUCUCCUUUAGCAUGUGCCUAUGCCAGAGCCCGUGGCGCCGAUAGAAUGUCUUCUUUUGGUGACUGGAUCGCUCUUUCCAACAUAGUCGAUGUUCCAACAGCCAAGAUCAUCUCCAGAGAAGUUUCUGACGGUGUUAUUGCUCCAGGUUAUGAACCUGAGGCCUUGGCCAUCCUAUCCAAGAAGAAGGGCGGUAAGUACUGCAUACUACAGAUUGAUCCAAACUAUGUUCCAGAAGCUGUUGAAAGAAGACAAGUAUACGGUGUGACUUUGGAACAAAAGAGGAACGAUGCUAUCAUCAAUCAAUCAACUUUCAAAGAAAUUGUUUCUCAAAAUAAGAAUCUCACUGAGCAAGCCAUAAUUGAUUUAACAGUUGCUACCAUUGCUAUUAAAUAUACCCAAUCAAAUUCCGUAUGUUAUGCUAGAAAUGGUAUGGUUGUCGGAUUGGGUGCAGGUCAACAAUCUAGGAUCCAUUGUACAAGAUUAGCUGGUGAUAAGGCUGAUAAUUGGUGGUUCAGGCAACAUCCUAGAGUUUUGGAGAUCAAAUGGGCUAAAGGCGUUAAGAGACCAGAAAAAUCCAAUGCUAUCGAUUUGUUCGUAACCGGCCAAAUUCCAACCGAAGAACCAGAAUUGUCUGAAUACCAAUCCAAGUUCGAGAAGAUUCCAAAACCAUUUACUCCAGAAGAGAGAAAGGAAUGGUUGAGUCAAUUAACCAACGUUUCCUUGUCAUCAGACGCGUUUUUCCCAUUCCCAGACAAUGUCUACAGAGCUGUCAAAUCCGGUGUUAAAUACAUUGCCGCUCCAUCUGGUUCUGUCAUGGACAAAGUUGUCUUUUCAGCUGCGGAUUCAUUCGAUCUCGUUUACGUUGAGAAUCCAAUCCGUUUGUUCCACCAUUAG